AUGUCGGCGCCGGGUGGUGCUCCUAGCCCGGUCCCACGCAGCAAUAGCAUGGGACCUAGCGCAAGCGGCACUGGCAUAGGGAUGCCUCAGCAGUCUGUGUCACAGACACCAAUCCAGGCCGCUCCGCAGUCAGGACAGAGUGCCCCUCCGAGUGGUGCUAUGUCACAACAAAAUCUGAACCAAAUAGUUAUCGACUAUCUAGCCAAGAAAGGCUACAAUCGAACUGAGGCAAUGCUUCGGAUGGAAUCUGCCAACCAGGAGAUUGAUGGGCGUCCUCUCCCUCAGUUGGGGGAGGAUUCUCGCCCCAAGACCCGCCAAGGAUUCGAUUUGCUCAAGAACUGGGUUGAGGAAAACCUCGAUCUUUACAAGCCCGAACUUCGUCGCGUCCUCUGGCCGUUAUUCGUUUACUCAUUUUUCAACAUGGUGACGUCUUUCUAUCCUCAGGAUGCAAAAGCAUUCUUUGAGGCAAACAAAAACAUGUUUCUUCCUGAGCACACUGACGAUAUCCGUCACUUUGAACCAAUCAGUUUGCCGGAGCACCUGCAGGAUAACUCCAUCGUUAAUCUGUACCGCACGAACAAAUACCGCCUCGUGUUAAGCAACCCGGCUUACACCAAUCUCCUCCAGUUCCUCGAGAAGGGUGGUUCCGUCAUGAAUGCGAUCCUUAGCAGCUACUGCUCGGUGAAGACUAUGGAUCGAGCAGCGGAUAACAGAUUCAGUUUUGCUGCUAUGCUGGGCCAGAUCGGCGCCGAUCAGACCUUCCCCGCCGAAGACGAGGGAAUCCCGGGACAUCAUCCUGGCUCGGCUUAUACUGGCGACAACCCGGCCAUGGCUGGCACCUUGCCCCGACUGAAGCUCGGGAAACUUCCUAUGGAACCGGUUUUGAUGGAGGACGUGCGGGCUGAACUGGCCGAAGAAGACGCGAAGAAGCCUGCGCCACCUGGUCGUAAUACCUUUGUUCAAGAAUUUGACCAGAUGAUCAAGAACGAAGAUGAUGAUGAGGCACCCACUCGCGCCGACAUUCCUUACCCCCCCUCUAUUGAUCGUGACGUCCAGGUUCAGGUUAUGAAGGUGAUGGAGCAUCGCGAUAGGUUCGAGAUCAAAGCUCGCACCGGCGGUGUUGGUCCUGGUGUCAGCGUUUGCAUGUUCACCUUCCAUAAUACUUAUGAUAGCAUUAACUGCAUCGAUUUUUCGGAUGACAGCAAGCUUGUCGCCGCCGGAUUCGCGCAUUCAUACAUUCGAAUUUGGUCUCUGGAUGGCUCGCCCAUUCAAGCCGCUUACCCGGAUUUGGAUGAUCUGCCGCCUACCAAUUCGCGCCGAUUGAUUGGCCACUCCGGCCCUGUGUAUGCUGUUGAAUUCCAGCCGUGCGCAACUGCUCGCGAGAACGUUCCGGCCGAGGACAGACACCCUACCAAUGCACGCUGGUUGCUUUCAUCAUCGGCCGACAAGACAGUCCGCCUUUGGUCUCUGGAUUCAUGGCAGUGUAUGGUCGUCUACAGGGGCCACGACCGCCCCGUGUGGGAUGUCCGCUUCGGACCCUUUGGUCACUACUUUGCUUCUGGCGGGAACGACAAAACUGCCCGCUUGUGGGUGACCGACCAUAUUCGUCAGCAGCGUAUUUUCGCUGGCCAUGAUCAGGAUGUGGAUGUUGUGUGUUUCCAUCCUAACUCUGCAUAUGUUUUCACUGCAAGUUCUGAUCGCACUGUCCGCAUGUGGGCUGUUACGACCGGUAACGCUGUUCGCAUGUUCACCGGCCACACUGGCAACGUCACUGCGAUGGAAUGCAGCCGCAACGGCAAAAUCCUAGCCUCCGCUGACGACCAGGGCUGCAUCAUCCUCUGGGAUCUGGCUCCUGGUCGACUGCUCAAGCGCAUGCGUGGUCACGGCCAGGGCGGCAUCUGGUCCCUCAGCUGGAGCAUGGAGUCCACGGUACUCGUGUCUGGCGGAGCUGAUUGUACCGUGCGUGUCUGGGACGUCGCUGCGCCCCAGGAGGCCACACAGGGGCGUGUCAUUGCCGACGGAGGCAGCGGAACUCGAAUUGACGGUGGCCCACAGCCAUCUGCUAGCCAGAACAAGAAGAAAAAGGGCAAGGAUGACGUGGUCACUGCGGACCAAAUCAGUGCCUUCCCAACCAAAAAGUCUCCUGUCUACAAGGUCAAAUUCACGAACAUGAACUUGGUGGUUGCUGGCAGUGCCUACUUGCCUUAG